AUGACGAAUUUGUAUCGCUUAUUCCCCGAUAAAGGUAUCUCACCGCCUUACUUUGAUCUGGCAGUAGUUAAUAAAUUUAAAUUCGUUAAACUUGCCUCAAAAUUAAGCUCUACCAUUAUGUGGUUCUUGCCCGCAGUUCUGCUUUUGGCAGGAUUUCAUGUGUCAUAUGGUGUCCCGAUUCAAACAGACGCGGAGGUCAAUGAAGAGCAAAUGUUGGAACCCACUGCGGACUUCUUAGCCUUGCUCGGUGAACGCAUCGCACUCGAAGCUUCGGUUCAUGGCGAUUCUUCUCUAGAGCUUGAAGAACAACUUAAGCGCAUUCAGGCAAAACUGGAUAAUGUCCUCCGCGGGAAAGAGCAAGAUAUUUCUGAGACGCUACAAAUUCUAGCAGCCAUUUUGAAGAAGAAUAAUGUCACAGACGAUGACGCCGAUGAAUAUGGCUUCUGGAAAAAAACCAAGAAAACGUUGACCAGCCCCAAAGCCAAGAAGAUUUACAAGAUUGCCGGGAAGAUUGCGAUCAGAUUGAUUGGAUGAGCUCUGGAGCUAUAUGUCAAAAAUAAAAAGUUCGGGCAAUUGU